ACCGGAGCUGCGGGGCGGAGGGGCACGAGUUCAGGCGGCGGAGGAGGGAGGAUGCCACCGGCAGCGGCUCCUGGCGGCCGGACGCCCGCUCUGCCCGCCGAGCCGAGCCUCAGAGGUUUCCAGAGUGACGCCCGGGCACAGCGCGUCCCCCGGCGGCUCGGAAGACCCUACGCCUCCCCGCUGGCCUGCUAACGGCGCACCCCGGGGUCGCCCCGCUGCUCUCGCCCCCCCGCCCCCCAGGUGCGCCGACGGCCUCAGAGAUGGCAAAUCCUGAGGUCGUUACAAAUAGCUGUAGCUCUCAGCAGGAGGAAAAUGGCUGCACGUUUAACCAGAAUACAUCUCCCUCUGAGGAGCUCCUAUUAGAAGACCAGAUGAGGCGAAAACUCAAAUUUUUUUUCAUGAAUCCUUGUGAGAAAUUCUGGGCUCGAGGCAGAAAACCAUGGAAACUUGUUAUACAAAUUAUAAAACUUGCAAUGGUGACUAUUCAGCUGGUCUUUUUCGGGCUAAGUAACCAGAUGGUGGUAGCUUUCAAGGAAGAUAACACUAUAGCAUUCAAACACCUCUUCCUAAAAGGAUAUGUGGACCAAGCAGAUGACACCUAUGCAGUUUACACACAGAGUGAUGUAUACAGUCAGAUCAUCUUUGCAGUGAACCAGUACUUGCAGCUACGCAACAUCUCAGUUGGGAACCACGCUUAUGAGGAUCAGGGCGCGGAGCAGACCGGUAUGGCAAUCUGCCAGUACUUCUACAAGCAAGGAAACAUCUGUCCUGGAAACGAUACCUUUGACAUUGAUCCCCAAAUUGAAACUGAAUGUUUCUCUGUGGAGCCAGAUGAAUCUUUUUACAUUGGAACACCAGAAGAAAAUAAACUCAACCUAACACUGGACUUCCACAGACUCCUAACAGUGGAGCUGAUGUUUAAACUGAAGGCCAUUAAUCUGCAGACUAUUCGUCAUCACGAGCUCCCCGACUGUUACGACUUCACUCUGACUAUCACAUUUGACAAUAAAGCCCACAGUGGGAGAAUUAAGAUAAGUUUAGAUAAUGACAUUUCCAUCAGAGAAUGUAAAGACUGGCAUGUUUCUGGAUCAGUUCAGAGAAACACUCAUUACAUGAUGAUCUUUGAUGGCUUUGUUAUCCUGAUGUGCUUGACUUCGUUAAUCCUGUGCUUUCGAUCUGUGAUUAAAGGAAUUCAGCUGCAACAGGAAUUUGUCAAUUUUUUCCUCCUCCAUUAUAAGAAGGAGGUUUCCGUUUCUGAUCGAAUGGAAUUUGUCAAUGGAUGGUACAUUUUGAUUAUUAUUAGUGACUUAUUGACAAUCAUUGGAUCAAUUCUGAAAAUGGAAAUCCAAGCCAAGAGUCUAACAAGUUAUGACGUCUGCAGCAUACUUCUCGGGACCUCCACGUUGCUUGUGUGGCUGGGCGUCAUCCGAUACCUCAGUUUCUUCCACAAGUACAAUCUCCUUAUCCUGACCCUUCAGGCAGCGCUGCCCAGUGUCAUGAGGUUCUGCUGCUGUGCGGCUGUGAUCUAUUUUGGCUAUUGCUUCUGUGGAUGGAUUGUGCUGGGACCUUACCAUGAAAAGUUCCGUUCUCUGAACUUGGUUUCCGAGUGCCUUUUCUCUCUGAUAAAUGGAGAUGACAUGUUUGCGACGUUUGCAGGAAUGCACCAGAAAAGUUACUUGGUCUGGCUAUUUAGCAGACUUUACCUCUACACGUUCAUCAGCCUCUUUGUAUAUAUGAUUUUAAGUCUUUUCAUUGCACUGAUCACUGAUACAUAUGAAACAAUCAAGCAUUACCAGCAGGAUGGCUUCCCAGAAACCAGACUUCGGACAUUUAUAGCAGAGUGCAAAGAUCUACCCAACUCUGGAAAGUACAGAUUAGACGACGAACCUCCAGGAUCUAUAUUCUGCUGUUGUACAAAGUAGCCCUCAGGCUUAUCUGGGCUCUGGAGGAAAAUAUGAUGUGCAGCUGAGUUGGGAAACUAUAUGGAUAUUUUAAGAUCUGGUGGAGUAUGUUUGAAGACUAUCAUUUUGAACAAAUUGAUAGCUAUAAUUCAUUAAGAAUGCAUUAGGUUUAUAAUUUAAAAGCAAUAAUUAUUGUCUUUUUAGCUUUAUGUUGAGUUUAUUUAAAAAAAAAAAACCACUACCUUUGAUUAGUGAAGCUAUUGGCUUCUUAUUCGUUCUUUAUUUUGCCAUAGCUUUAGAAGGUGUUUUUCUAUGCCACUCUUCGUUGUUGUUGUUGCUGUUCUUAAUCCUCAUCCGAGGGUAUUUUUUCCACUGAUUUUUAGACAGAGUGGAAGGGAGGGGGAGAGACAGAGAGAGAGAAACAUCCAUCUCCCUGACAGGGACUGGGGAUUGAGCCUGCAACCGAGGUAGUACGUGCCCUUGACCAGCAUUGAACCUGGGACCUUUCAGUCCACUGGUUGAUUGAUGCUCUACCCACUGAGCCAAACUGGCCAGGGCUCCAUACCACUCUUUACUCUAGCUCUUAGCCUCUUGCUUACAGUGAUUCGGACUGUGCUGAUUGCGUCAUCAGUGGAAAACAUUGCCUGGACUGGGCCUGCUGGUGAGAGAGAGAGGAUGUUGCUGUAUAUCCAGUAAUCAUUGCUUUGUAAGACCAGGCCAGAAUAGGAAACAACCAUCACUGACUAACACUCCAGUAUUUGUGAAUCUGUUAUAUGCUUCUUAUAGUUCUGGAGAGGAUCUGGUGUUUUAGUAUUCAUGUAUACGUUUUCUCCUUCGGUGUUAAAGUAAAAAGUUGAAAGAAUAUCUUAUACAUUUAUGAAAAUUUAAAGCACAUUCCAAGGCAUGUUCUAUCCCACAAGGAUGACAUUAUCAGUACCUGCAUGGCCUUGUGGACACUGAUGCACUGUGUGCCCUUCACAGGCACAUUCAGCCUCAGAAAGGAGCAGCAUUUUAGGGUUGGGAACUGUUGUUUUGUGGGGAGAGGUUCCAUAACUCACAUUUAAAACAUUUUAUAAAACAGCUCUCCUCAAAAUUUUAAAAUAAGUGGGAAAUGUAUGCCUUUAAAAGACACAGAACCAAAGUCUCUAUCCUUGCAAAAUGCUGAUCCAAAGUUUCAGGGAUUUUCCCAACAUGAAUCUUUGUUUUGUAUACUGUUUGUUCAAAUAGAAAUGAACUCAAUGAUGUGCAAUAAAUGUUUUCUCAAAGCAAACUCUUUUUUUUUUUUUUAAGGAAGCUAAUUUGUCAAUUUCUUAUUUUGGUUUAAGGGCUAAAUGAAGAUAGCCUUGAGACUCUAAAAUCUUUAUUUAAUCAUGACCAUAACAAUGACUCUAGGUGUUGAAAUGUGAGAUAAUACAACAAAUAUAAGCUA